AUGGUUUUCGAACUACAUAUUUGGGGUCCGGCAUUUGGUCUGCCUUCAAUUGAUCCGCAAUGUAUUGCUAUGGUUGCUUAUUUUACCCUCGCCGUUCCGGCGAAGAAUAGAAGUUCGGGCGAGGAUCGGGAGCAAUGGGUGUUGGUGGCAGAUAGUGACCCAGGAAUGGUUCCAACAAAUGAAUUACCAGCAUUAUGGACGGGAAUAAGGUGGAUCAGCAGGUUUAGAAAUAUCGUAGCAUAUCUAAAUCAAUACUCUGAUGGAGAAUGGGACUUGGAUCGAGGAAUGGGCCAUAAAGAGAGGGCAGAUUGCAUUGCGUUCUCCUCUUUUCUGGAAUCCCAAGGGCAACCCCUGAUAGAUCUCUCCUUAUAUGUAUCGAGUGAGAACUAUAACAAAUCCACCUCAUUAGCCUAUGCUUCUCUCCUUCAAUGGCCCAACCAAUGGAUAAUUCCGCCACGGAUUCGAUCGGUUGCUAAGAAACGGACGGAACAUCUUGGUCUUACAUCCCUUGACCUCGAUGUGAUAGUGGAAGAGGAGAGACAACAGACUCGUGAUCCUUCUAAUAUAGCAAGCAAGAUCCCCAAAAGCCUUGUCCGGAAGCACCAGGCGACAGUGAGUGACCUGUUAAGCAAAUCGUCAAAACAAAAUCGGAUCCGGCUUGACGGGAUAACGGGGGCAUUUGUGGCACCCCUCGAGGAGCUUCUGGGACGGAAGGGGUACCUCCUGUCGUCUGAAAUUCCAUCAAGCCUAGAUUGUCUGGCAUUGGGCUAUCUAUCGCUGGCCCUGGUUCCUAAACUCCCAUAUGCGUGGCUGAGAGAUGCAGCCACAGCACAUGCUCCGCGGCUGGCAGCAUAUGCGGGUCAAUUGCGGUCACGAUGUUUUGGCUCAGUGCCAGUAGAUGUCUCGGUGGCAUUUACAGAUACUCCAACGCUGGCGUCCAGUCUCCCAUGGCGAGCUCCGGAGCAGGUUAGCCUGGAAGCAGUGGGGAAGCGGGCGCUGGAAGGGAUAGCAGAUUCCAUCCCGAUUGUGUGUCAUAUACGAGCCAUCAAGAGAUUGCAGCGGGCGUGCGCGGAGACUGGGGCAGAAUGGGAGGAACGGGAGUUAGUGGAGAAGGUGACCACGGCACAGCGGCGAGAGCUGUAUGUGUCGAUAGCUACUGUGCUGGCUGGGUUGGGGAUGUUUGUGGGAUAUGUGCUGCAUACGGGACUAGCUCAGAUCGAAGUUGUUGGCGAAGGGGAUGAAGAGGGUGAAGGGGUUGAAGACGACGAAGAGGGUCAAGGGGGAGAAGAGGAGGAAGGGGAGCCGAAGGGACAAGCUCAGAGGAAGCAGAGGCCAGCGAAUAGCGUCCAAAAGCAAAAGCAUGCAUCGCCGUUAGGGGAAGCAGGUGCAAUACUAGGGAUCUAA